AGCUUUAGAGCUUGAACUCAACAACAAGCCCUCUCAGGCUGGCCCAUCACAGCCAGUUGUUCUUUUCUUUUUUCUCUCCCUCCUUUUUUUGGGAGUCCUGUUUUUUCUCGCCCUGUGCCUGCAGUCCUAGUGUGAGUGGGUGUGUCGAUGCGGGCCAGUGUAGCCUAGUCGCAGCUUGUGCGCACUCUGAAAAAGAGGAAAAAGUUGAUGAUGAGUUUAGUGUGAAAGCGGCCCGCCUCGGAGCAGGCUAACCGUACAGGAAUGGCAGUUUGGACCAGAGCGGAUAAAAACGGUCAACUGGACCUUCUGCUCCGCGACCGCUGGAUCCGAGUGGCCGCCGAACUCACCCGAGAAACGCUGACUUUAACGGCCGAAGCGGAGGCAACCGGACAGGGGGGCAAUCACUGGGACUACAACAACUCUUCGGCGGGCCUGCGAAAUGGCAUGUCGAACGGAAACGACCCGGGAGCGAGUCCGGGGAACCCUGGCCGCGGUCCGUCCUCGGGUCAAGACCAACUCCAGAACCACGGGGGCAGGGGGCGCAGCAGCAGCCCGGGGCGCGGGGGUGUCAGCCGGGGUCAAUAUGACGGCAACUACGGUUUAAGCAGCCCUGGAAAGUACCCGAAUAACGGCACAAACUCUGACUUUGGAAGCCCCGGAUCCAGCUACGGCAGUCCCGGGUCCAGCUUCGGGUCAAGGCAAGGCGACGUCCCCGUCAGUCUGGACGGUUCCUCUGAGGCUGUGCGGAAGGUCCGAGUUGUCAAACAGGAGUCUGGCGGGCUGGGGAUCAGUAUCAAGGGGGGGCGCGAGAACCGGAUGCCCAUCCUCAUCUCCAAGAUCUUCCCGGGGCUCGCUGCCGACCAGAGCCGGGCUCUCCGGGUGGGCGACGCGAUCCUGUCGGUGAAUGGGAACGACCUCCGGGAGGCGACACACGACCUGGCGGUCCAGGCGCUUAAGAAGGCGGGGAAAGAAGUAACGUUGGAGGUGAAGUACAUCCGCGAGGUUUCUCCGCUCUUCAAGAAGCCGUCCCUAGUGGCCGACCUACCGUGGGACGGCGUCCGCCCACAGUCGCCCAGCUACAGUGGCAGCGAGGACUCUGGGUCGCCCAAACACAGCAGCUCCUCAUCCUCCAAAGACAGAAAAGUGAUAAGCCUGAAGAUGUGCUACAUCAGCAGGAACCUCACCAUGCCAGAUCUGGAGAACAGACUUCUUGAGCUCCAUUCCCCAGAUGGCCAACACACAGUGGUGCUGCGCUGUAAGGACGGCCCCACUGCCAACUCCUGGUUCACUGCCGUCCACACCAACAUUGCCGCCCUGCUGCCUCACACCCUGGCUCACAUCAACGCUUACCUAGGGGCCUCGUCUUCGUCCUCCACGCACCCCCAUCUCAAACACAUUGGCUGGUUGGCCGAACAGGUCCAGCUGGAAGGUGGACGGCAGCAGUACAAGCCAGUGGUCAUGGCACUGACCGAGAAGGACAUCCUGCUAUUUGAAUCAGUGCCGUGGAGCAGAGAGUCCUGGUCCAUGCCUCUGCUCACACACCCGCUGCUAGCCACAAGACUGGUUCAUUCCGGCAGCGCCCGGGGUUCUCCCGCCCAGGGUUCAGACCUGGUGUUCGCCACUCGGACGGGCACAGGGCGGGGCAUCGAGUCCCACAUCUUCCGAGUGGAGACCCACUGGGAUCUGUCUUCAUGGACGCGAGCCCUCGUGCAGGGGGCACAUGCUGCCGCUGAGCUCAUUAAAGAGGUCUCCAUUGGUUGCACGUUGAACAGACAGGAUGUUCGACUGACGCUGCACUAUGAGAAGGGCUUCACUGUGACGAGGGAGCCGGCAGAUCCAGCCGGGGGUGCUGUGCUGUUCAGAUACCCCUACGAGAAGCUCAAAAUGUCCGCCGAUGACGGAAUACGCAACCUCUACCUUGACUUUGGGGGUCCAGAGGGAGAAAUGGUAUUUGACCUCCACUCCGGUCCAAAGCCAGUGGUGUUUGUCCUCCACUCCUUCCUGUCAGCCAAGCUCACUCGUAUGGGCCUCCUGACGUGAAACAACCAACAGCAGCAGUGUGGACCAGAGGACGUGCCCAGGCACAGCGAGGAGGGGGGAGACGCUCCCAAAAUGCUGAUACCGGGGGUUGAUUCUUUAUUUUAAUUUUUUUUUCCAAUUCCUCCAUUCACAGCUGAAGCUGCAGGGAAGAUUUAACCCACGAGUUGUAUUGUCGAUUGUCUAGAAAUCGUGCCUUCUCUUCCAAACUUUUCCUUGCAGUUAUUUGAAUUGCGAGGUCAGGUAAAAAGAAGUGGCACUUUGCUUGAAGUCAUAAGGUGUGAUGAGACAGUCACAACGUGCAAAAAAUAGCUAUUAACAAUCUCAUAACAUUCCAUGUGAUAAUGUAUUAAAUUUAAUUAUCUGAUAUGUUAAAAAAAAAUAAAAAAGUUAAGAUGCUGUGAUGUGCUUAUGAGUUUCCAUUACCAGUGCACUUCAAGCAAAGUGUUGCUAAAAUAUAUUAUGGAAAGGAAGGAUUUUUAGACAACUAAUACACAGCCAAGCACAGACUGGUAAAUGCUCCCUGUUUUUACUCUAUGCCUAUCAUUCCGUGACAGCCUUCCAAUGUACUUUGGGCUAUUUUUAAUGUAUUUGUUUGUGUCUGUGUAGACGUGUGAGUGAAUGACGCUGUUUUAGAGUCAGAGUGCAGUUAACUAAACAGAGAUUAUGUGAAUGAAGAAAGGUCUGUGUGUGUGUGUGUGUGUGUGUGUGUGUGUGUGUGUCUAUACUACACGCUUCUGUUGGCUUGAUAGUGUGCCUGCUGUCUGACAGACCCACCUUUUAGCACAUUAUCCCAAACUACUGUUGUAAUCAGGAUUGCCAACUGUGCCUUUUUACAUGUAGUCAGAGACACUCUUUGUAAUGUUUCCUUUUUUUAAAUUUCACACAAUAAGAGAAUUUCAAGCUUUCAACAUGUGCAAGCAAUAGUAUUACUCUUAUAGUGUAAACCAUGUUACUUUGUUUUUAUGGCGUUUGUUUUUUUAAGUGUAUACUCAAUGAUAGCAUGACUUCCUGACAUUGACCUCUGUAUCAGACGAUGAUAUACAACAUGUGUUACCUCCCCUUCUUUACCUACACUACCACGUUGUCUCCGUCUCACUGUCGCCAUCAUCUCAUUCCACUUUCCUUGAGAUUACUGGUCUCUUGUUACCAUUCCUACAGCAGCGUUUCUCUGGCUAAGGACUGUUUCACAGGCUCAUGUCAAGGUGGGCCACCACAUGACAGAAGUACCAUUGUAUUUUCGUAAUCCGAACUACAGUGGUCAAACACAUCUCACCUCCUCUGAACCCCUGCAGAAGGGAAGUUACUGUACACUUUAUGUCCUUUAGCUUAUUGUGGUCCUUUCCUUCCGUUUUUGUCUCAAGUUCAAGAAAAUGAUCUUAACUCCAGGUCAAUGACUGGCUUUCUUUUUGGAGCUCUCAGUUACAUAUAAUGGUCUCACUUGUCAUAUAGAUGACUCAGCUGUAAUUACGUGACCGAAGCCUAGAACUUAAAGGUUGUGCGUAUGGCAUGCAGAUCACUAAUAUAGCAGCAAACCACUAUUUACUAUGUAAAGAUAUAGUGGAGUAAAGACAUUGUGAGCAGAGAACAAAGUUAUGCUCCCUCUGUGUGUGGUGUUAUCUGAGCUUCUCUGUGGUUUGUUGUGGUAAGCUGGCCCGUGCAUGUGUGUGUCCCACUGUAUAGCUCAUCGCCAUCACUUUGCACUGCGUUCAUAGGGCGGUUACUGCUGAUAUCAGGAGUUAGUUAGCAGCCACCUCCCAGUUCCCCCUGGUUAACACUGUUAGCUCUGUCAGCACUGUUGCUGUUAUUUAGCACUGUUUACAGAGUUAGCAUCAUUAGCUGCUAGCCACUGGCUCAGCCACCUCCAUUUUGGGAACCAUGUCCAGACAGUUCAUACGCUCUGAAUUUAGCAUGGAGUUCCUUUAACUCACGUUGUAGUAGAUUGGGGGAGAUGGUCUCUGCUAUCACACGUGAAUGACUCCUUGACCUUUCUCCAGCCGUCCACUAACAUUGAUGAGAUUUUGCCCAUUUCCUAUUCAGUGCUUUUGGUCUGGACUAGUUUUUAUCAAACGUCUUAGAUCAUUAUUAUUAUUAUUUACACUAACAACAGAGCCAACUGAGGUCAAGUGUGAGGUCACUUGACAACAAGUGAGCAAACUCCAUCCACUGAUGAAGACCGUGAGGUGCAGUUAAAAGCUCUGGAAAAAAGUUAGUAAAUGGACCUAGAGUUAAGGUUAUUUGUUAAACUACCGUUUCCAAGCUCAAGAAUAAACAUUUACGCUCUUAUGAAACUUUAUUUUUAAAGUUUCUACCAAUAGUAAAUGCCACAAAACAGACAUUUAUUUAUCUAUAUUACGUACCACUUAUGGUACAGUACCCCUAUAUUAGUUCAUUUUUUAAAUUGUUACUAAAAUUGAGGUGGGUUGAAGUUAUCUAACUAAACUCAAUACAAUCUUCUCUUCAGUUCUUCUGUUCAGUCCGGUGCCUGUGUUAUGUUUGUGUAUUUGCAGAUCCAUUUUAUAUUAACAAAACAGAUUUUUGGGUUUACAAAUCUUUUUUUGUAUUUUGUAUGUAUGAAUUACACAUUAACACAGAUUGUUGAUCUGAACUGAACACAAAUAAUACCGAGGCAAAUCUAUUUCCAUAUUGUGUUAAGACCUUAUCGUUUAUAAAUUCAGCAUGACUGUAAUUAACAUUUUCAUAACUCUCUGCUGGAUCAUGGUACAAGUUGCUAAAGCAGCCCUUCCCUUCAGUAGAGCCUCUGUGUUCUUUUGGGUUUCAAACAAUGUCCCAUUGUGUCCACUGACCGUGCAACAUAGGAGAACAAGAUAUCCCCUCUGUCCUUGGAUAAGGAACACAGUCACCACUCUGAAUGACCUUUAUUCUAUUUUGGAUGCUGAUGUCCUUGUGAUGGUUUAAACAACUUUUUGGGGGGCUUUUUUAUGUAAGCUAACUAGUUGUUGUAGCUUAUAGUUCUUUUUCAAGCUAUAGUCAGUAGGUGAGGCAGACUUUACUUCCCCUAAACUAUUAUCUGCAUGUGGGAGGUUUGAGUUAUUAACCACACUUUUAAUUUUAUGUCAAUCGUGUUCCUCUAACUCACUGCACAGAUCUGAUUGUCUUAAGUUGGUCAACCUUCAACGAGCUACAGGCCGUCCCUCUUCGAGCUUGAUGCACUAACCUAACAAACCCCUUUAAAUCUGUGAAUGUACACCUCCCCUCCUCUUCCAGGUGAUUAUUUUUCAUCCUUUUCUCUAUAUGUUCUGAAAUCGUGGCUAUCCUGUCUAUGCAAAGCAAUGCUUCAAAGAAGGGGUUUUUGAAACCAAAGGUAAUAUCUGUGGCAGCUUGCGUCCAACACAAUCAUUGAACUGAAAAGUCACAACAGGAUAAAGUGCUGCUGCAACAACCUGUCAUAUGCAAAGUAUUUUAGACUUCCUUCCAAGAUACAGUAUACAAUGUAUGAUAGCAAUGUAAUAAUCCCAAAUGUAAAUACCUACCAAUAAAACCGUUACAAAUUACAUAGAUUGAUGUGUUGUUUGUUGUGGAAAUUUACAUGUAGGCUGUAAUAAAGACCAUAUUCUAAUUUCA